AUGAGGUUCCUUCUCCAUCCAACGACUCGACGAGCAACGGCUCAGGGUAUCCGAAAGGGGAGACCAUCCAAGAGAAGCAAGGAGGCGGUUCCCUCAUUUGCUGGGUCCCAUUCGGUUGAUGUCUCGCCGGAUAAUAAUGAUGGCAGCAAGAAUUAUGUCCAAAACUGGGGUCAACAGUGUUCUCCCAACUGUGGUUGUGUGGUUCGAUUUGAGACCAAGGUGGACCCUGUUUCCAACAAGUUUAUAUCGGCAUCCUAUUAUGCCAAAUCUGUCAUUGUCACACAGACCAGCAGUCAAGACCAACCGGGGAGGACGUUGCAACCAGCCUUGACCUUGCGAACCAAUCGACCCAUGUUUCACAAGUGCAAAUGCAAGAGUCUUCAUCAACUGGCUUCACAAGUGACGGAAUAUCUACCCAACAAAAAUGCACUAAAUGUUGGCAGCAGUAUGGAAUUUUCAGGCGUGCGGUCUUCUCCAGCAUUUCGCCAUACAGUUCUGGAGAAACAGGGUCUUUCUACCAAUGAUACUCAUUGCUUUGAUUUGGUCGAGGAAGCCCUGACAGCUAUGGUCAAGGGGCACAUGCCCAAACAGCGAGCACAAGUACCGUUCAAAGAGGCAUUGGCAUCUGCCUCGGCUACCGGCGGAUCCGCCCAUUAUUAUUCGUUCCGGGAUGAAGAUGAUGCCGAUGAUCAGUUCCGAAUUGAUAUUGACAUGUCCAAGUUCUUGGCUCCUCCCCGGGCACUCUCUGCUUUGAAUUUGCUGGAUGUGAAUGCCAAGUAUUCACCUUUUGGAUUCGAUGGUGCUGGAAGUGGCGACGAAGACUCUCGAUACAGCAACAAAACCACCAAACCGGAAUCUCCGACCAAGUCCAAAGCUUACGACUGGGUUACUUAUGUGGACGAACUCUAUGAGCGAUCAGAAGAGAUUCAAAAAUCUGCGUGA